ACCUUCUUAGUUACCUGGACGUAUUCCAUUCCUUUCAAGCAACAAAUAAGCUUGUGAGUUUGUGACCACAGAAUUAUCUUUGAAAGGAAUGAACCGUUGCAACACUCAAAGAAACCCUAAAAGUCCCACCAUCACCAAAAACAUCCUCAUCGAGAAAAUUCCUUACUAUAUAUAUAGGUCCUUUUAUUCUAUUGAUAUCAUGUGGCUACAAAACAAGUUACUAUAGCUUUAGCCUGAAGAAACUGAGAGAGAGAGAGUUGUUAUUCUCUGCGUUUCAGAUCAGAGGCCACUGGCCAGGCUCAAAGCUUUGCAUCAAGGUUUUUCAGUACGAGGUUCUGAUCUGCAAGCAUCGCUUUCACUCUGAAAAUGAGGAAUGCUCUUCUUCAACCCAUCUCCUCACAGCUUCACAGCUUUGGUAUCAAUCAAGGCCAGGUGCCAAAUUUGGAUGUCUCUAUGGCUAUGCCGAUGGAUAGCGAAGUAAACGUCCAUGGCAGUGGCUUCUGUGACAACCAGCCAUUGGGAAAUGAAUGCUUUACUGUUCCUUUUGGGUCCCUUAUCAACUAUAGCUAUCAAUCAGGUUAUCAAUCUGGUGGUACCUCCAUCUGUACUGACAUUCCUCACCAGUUGAUGUUGCUUAGCCAGAAACCUUCAAUUCCACAAUCUGUAGAUGACUUGCAGACCAUGCCAAAUGCAAGGAAACGUCCAAUUGAGGUCAAUGACUUAUUGCCCAAAACAGGCACUGAUAUUCUUGAUAACAUGAUGGAAUUGAAAGAAUGGAAGAGAAACAAGAGAAACAUGACCACAACCACUGAAAAACAAUGGCAACAUCAAGUCAGAAGAGCACCGACGCAAAUCCAAGAGCAAAGACUGCAUGUGCCUGUGAGGAGAAGCCAAAAGCUUAGUGACAAGAUCACAGCUCUUCAAAAGCUGGUCUCUCCGUAUGGAAAGACUGACACUGCAUCAGUUCUUCAAGAGGCUUCUCUUUACAUCAAGUUACUUCAUGAACAAAUUCAGAAUUUGUUUCAAUUGCUGAGUAGCUCAUACAAAAGUUCAAGUCAACAACCGCAGGCACUGAUCACAUUUUUUGACAUGUCAAUCUCAGGAAAUUGGAGAACAGCUAGACCUAAGGAGCAAAGGGCUUUGCUUGGUACCUGUGUCAAUUACUCAGAGAGUCAAAAUGGAAAGCCCUUUUGAUCAUGAUGAUCUGUGCUGGAAACCCAUCACACAGAGUUAUAGAAAUGUCUAAUUCUAAACCUAAUUUAGCUUGACCCCAACAUGACAUCUUUCUUCCUCUACAUUCGACUUCUGUUCCUGUGGUUUAAGAGAAGAGAAUGCAUACCAUUGCAUCUUUUCAUAUAUAGCUCUUUAAGUUAUGUUUUUCCCUCCUUGUGCUUUUUUAUGCAUUUAUUUUUCUGUGUUAUUGAUUUGCCUAAUGGGUAUGGACAAA